AUGGAACCUCCCGCCGCCUCAAUCAUCACAUUUCCCACCGACAAGAGAGCGCAAUUCACAAGAGCCAGCAAACCCAAAACUAGGACGGGAUGCAUCACCUGCAGGCGUCGGCACAAGAAGUGCGAUGAGGCAAAACCAGCCUGCUUGACAUGUCUGAAAUACAAAGGCUUUUGUGAGGGAUAUAAGAGCACGGCUGUCAAACCAUCAUCGCAGCAGCGGCAGCAGCAGCAGCAGCGUGUGCUUCAACCUAAGCCCGCAACAGAGCCAAAAGGCAAUGACAUGCUAGUCGAGCCGAACUACGUGUCCCUCAUUUUUUCCAGCCAGUUGGAGAAGGAAAGCUUCGAUUAUUGGAUGGCCUUUUCAAAAACCACGACGCUGUUCCACUCUGAGCUGAUCACGAAUCUCAUCCCUCAAAUAUCAUGGAAUGACCCGGCAAUAAGGCAUGCGGCGUUGGCCGUCGGCGCCGCUGCCCUAGGCAGUACGACCCGCGAGCAACGCCUCCUUGGCAAAGGAAAGUUCUAUGCAGACUCCCUACAGCACUAUGGCAAGUCGCUCAACCUCUUAUACUCGACGCCGCUAUCCCAAGAGCGGUCCCUUCUCGCUUGCCUGCUGUUCAUCGCUUUCGAGACUCUACAAGGGAACCGAUCGGCUGGUCUCAGCCACAUGAACCACGGUUCCCGGAUACUAGACCAGUACUACCCCAAGCACGGCGCCCCUAGCAUGUUGCUGGAAGAGGUCAUGUCCAGCUUCCAGCAUUUCGGGCUGCAAGCUUGGAGCCACAGCGUGGCGCACCCUCGAGAGACGAAAUCUCGAGUACCCUGGUGCUGCAGGGGGCGGAAGGCGAAGUAUGCCGUCGAUGAGAUGCCCGCUUCCUUUAAGAAUCUAGACGUCGCUCGUCGCUGGUGGGAUAUCACGAGACACUACGUCAAGUACCACGCGCCGCUCAAGACGAGCUUCGAAGUCGCCAAGGUGACCUCCCAGCCGAUCGACUUUGCACAACUUGCCGACUACGGGUCUCCAAAGUCCCAGCGGCGCAUCCGUAGUUUUAUGCGUUACCUCGACGCCUGGCACGUCGGUUUUGCGCCCCUGGCGGUGAAAUCAGAACGUCAAAAGCACAAGAACCCCCAGGACUUCAAUCGUGCGCUUGCCCUGCGGAUAGACUACCUCAACGUCUGGAGCGGUGUCCGAAGCGGAGGUUGGACGGACGUGGAGGACAUUGGCCGCAUGGAGCCGGCGUUCCGCGACAUUGUCAAACUCAGCAGGCAAUACCUCGAACUCCAGGGACAGCCGUCGGACGGCCAAGAGAGAUUCACGUUGGAGGACAGUCCGACGUGGGCUCUUUCGAUGUCGUUCGUCAUGUGUAAUGCCCCCGACCUGAGGGACGAGGUCAUCUCGCUCUUCGAGCAGUACCCCAGGCGCGAUGGCCUCUGGGAUACCCGGGUUUUCGUGGCGCUCUUGCAAUGGAUGGCCAAAAUGACGGCUGGCAAUUUUUACCCCGAGGGCGAGCGGCACAUCCUCGGCAGCAAGGUCGUGAUUUACGAUCACUCAUCUUUUGUGAUUGAGUUGACGCGGUGGGAUCCCGUGAGCUCGACUGCAAAGACUUGGAACGUUAAUUUCGAUAUAUCCACGGACUCGACGGAGGAGUAG